UCCGGAAGCGGCUGGGGCGGUGGUUGUGGCGGAGCAAAUAUGCUGCGCCGCUGCUGAGGAUGUAUGCAUUUUUUUUUUUCGCAGAGGUUCCACACCGAGAAUCACGAUUCUCACUCAUAUUCUCUGAGCUCGGUGGGUCCAGAUCACACACUCUAUGUGCAGCAGCUGCAGGUCAGAGCCUUGUGCCUUCCGGUUUCCGCACUGUUUCCCAAUUCGAUUGCAGAUUGCGAGUUGGAGCCGAAGGAAUGAGGCGAGGAGAAUUUCCAAGCUUCAGCAUUCUAGCCCUAACGGCUCUUCUACUUCUCUGUAUACAUGAUCCAGUUAGCUUCCUGUUGGGUGAUCAUGGGAGUCUUAGGUUUGCUCUGGCUGAGAGAAGAAACGAUGAGCUUUUACCCCAAAUAUCCCCUACUGCAGCGCCUCAGCCGUUUCUUCCUCUUCUUGCACCUUCUCCAUUAACACCAUUCACAAAUAGUACAGUCCCAAAAUUAUCUGGAAUUUGUGUUCUGAACUUCACUGCCGUCACAAGCAUGAUGAUGGUGACAUCGACUGAUUGUAUGGCUGCAUUUGCGCCGGUCUUAGCCAAUGUGGUUUGCUGUCCCCAGGUGGAGGCCAUGCUGACCAUUCUCAUUGGUCAAUCCAGCAAGCGCACGAAUACACUUUCUUUAAAUGGGACCCAUGCGGCGCAUUGCCUUUCCGAUUUUGAACAGAUUCUGGAGAGUCAGGGAGCCAAUGAUAGCCUAUCUCAGAUAUGCUCUGUUCGUUCAAAAACUCUUACUGAAGGUUCCUGCCCUGUUACUGAUGUUUCUGAGUUCGAGAGUAUGGUAGAUUCAUCUAACCUUCUUUCUGCCUGUGAGAAGAUUGAUAGUGUUAAUGAAUGUUGUGAACAAGUCUGUCAGAAUGCUAUUUUAGAUGCUGCUCAGAAGCUUGCUCAGAAAGCUUUGAACCUUCUGAGCUUGGAUGAUUCUCGCGUACAGUCUGACCAUUCGAAUAGGAUUAAUGACUGCAAAAGUGUAGUGCUCCGAUGGCUUGGAAGUAAACUCGACCCUUCUCGUGCAAAAGAAGUUCUUCGAGGAUUAUCUAAUUGCAGGAUUAAUAAAGGGUGUCCUCUGAAGUUUCCAAACAUGAGUUACGUAAUGGAAGAAUGCGGCGCUGGAACAAGUAACGAGACUGCAUGUUGUCAUUCUGUCGAGAACUAUGUAGCGCGCCUGCAAAGGCAGAGCUUCGUCACAAACUUGCAGGCAUUAAAUUGCGCCACGGCAUUUGGAGUGAAGCUACAGAAAGCAAACAUUACGAAGAACGUGUACAGCCAGUGCCGCGUCAGCCUCAAGGACUUCUCCAUCCAAGUCGGUGCUCAGGAGUCGGGAUGCCUUUUGCCAAGCUUGCCAUCAGAUGUAAUACUCGACCAAUCUGCCGGGGUCAGCUUCCUGUGUGAUUUGAAUGACAACAUUCCGGCUCCUUGGCCAGUUGCAUCUCAGUUGCCCGCCUCAUCGUGCAACAAAAGUAACUGUGAAAAUUCCUGCCCUCCCUGCAGCUGCUUCGGGCCAAAGUAGUUUUGGCAGCGCGAGGAUGUGUUCGUUGCUGUGCUCGAUUUUUUAUGCUGUGGUUUUGGCUCUCUUGUAAAAACACUUAGAAGAAAAGGGGCAGUGUUUGUUGAGUAGCAGAUUUGGUAGCUGAAGAAGAACAGCCAGGGCAGUUAGGAGAUUGCAUUUGCAGCCAUAGCAGCACAGCCAACAGGUUUGGUAAGAUAUAUAUAUAUAUAUAUAUUCAGUUAUGAGAUUAGUUGUGUUCUUGGUAUGGUUUUGGUCUAAUUCAUAUGUAAUAAAUAGUAGCAGUACAUUAUUGUUAUUUUUUUCCCUCCAAAUUAACUUGUGUCAAUGUAAUAAUAAUAAUAAUAAUAAUAAUUAAUUAGCAUGUA